AUGUUCUUUUCAAGUGUUUUUUUUUAUUCUGUUCAGGGAGUUCCAAGUUCUGCAUUAAGAGAAAUAUGUUUGCUGAAGGAGUUAAAACAUAAGAAUAUUGUAAGACUACAUGAUGUUUUACAUAGUGAAAAGAAAUUAACAUUAGUGUUUGAACAUUGUGAUCAAGACCUUAAAAAGUACUUUGAUAGCUUGAAUGGAGAAAUUGAUCCUGAUGUUGUUAAAUCAUUCAUGUUCCAAUUACUGAGAGGGCUUGCAUUUUGUCACAAUCAUAAUGUCCUGCAUCGUGAUCUCAAACCUCAAAAUCUCCUGAUAAAUAAGAAUGGAGAAUUGAAAUUAGCAGAUUUUGGUCUUGCACGAGCUUUUGGUAUUCCUGUUCGUUGUUAUUCUGCUGAGGUAGUAACUCUUUGGUAUCGCCCACCUGAUGUUUUAUUUGGAGCAAAACUUUAUACAACUUCAAUUGAUAUGUGGUCAGCAGGAUGUAUAUUUGCUGAAUUGGCAAAUGCUGGUAGACCACUAUUUCCUGGAAGUGAUGUUGAUGAUCAAUUAAAAAGAAUAUUCAAAUAUCCUUUAACUAAAUAUUAACCACUAUUUCCUGGAAGUGAUGUUGAUGAUCAAUUAAAAAGAAUAUUCAAAUUAUUGGGAACACCAACAGAGGAAACAUGGACAGGAAUGACACAACUUCCAGAUUAUAAGCCAUUUCCACUUUAUCAUCCAACAACAAGUUUUUCUCAAGUCGUACCAAAACUGAACACCAAAGGGAGAGACCUUUUACAGAAACUACUCGUGUGUAAUCCAGCCAUGAGGAUAUCUGCCGACGAAGCCAUGCAACAUUCUUACUUCCACGAUCUCCCACCAGCUAUUAAAAAUGGAUAAUAUAAGUAUUGUAUAUUAUUAUAAUUAUGUAAAUAUUAAUUGUAAAUUUUUGCCAUUAGUUUCUGUCUGUUACUCUACAAAAAUAAAUUAUGCAUACUUUUGCAAUUUACAAGAAUUCAAUAUGGAAGAUUUAAUUUUCUUGAUCUGAUUUUAAAACAAAUUUGUUUAGUUAGAUUUUAAAAAAUAAAUAACAUUUGAGCAUAAAGUAAGAAAGCUUGACAGUUAUUAUUUAGCUUUCAAAACCCUAUAAAGCAAUAAACAGUAAAGUAAAUUUUCAUAAUAAUAAAUAUUUGUUAUGGAUAAAAG